CUGGGUUGCAGAACCACUCGAACGGAGCCCAGAGAGCAUCCUGCAUCUUCACUGAGGAGUGUGAGCGGCUGACCCGAGGUGGACCCCGACGGAGCCAUGGCCCCCCAGCCUCGAGUGCUCUGGCUCCUUGGGGCCUCAGCCCUGCUGCUCUGCCCUCUUGUGCAGUGUGGUGAGAGCGCUCUGAGGACUGAUAACCCUCGCCCUCCGCUGCCCCCAGACUGCAGAGUGUUUCCCCACAUCAAGCACGGCUCCAGCGAGGAUGUGAGCUCCUUCUUUUCCUUCAGCACCGUGGUGCACUACAGCUGUGAGGACGGCUACACUCUGGUGGGGGAGGCCGAGAUCUCCUGCAGGAACGCACAGUGGUCGGCCGAGGCCCCCCAGUGCAGAGCUCUGUGCCCAAAGCCUGACGUAGCAAAUGGAGAGCUUUCCUGGGACAAAGAGCAGUACCUGGAGCUGGAGACCGUCAUUGUGCAGUGUGGCUGCGGCUACGGGCUGCUUGGCCCCCAGAGCAUCACCUGCUCGGAGAAUGGAACCUGGUCCCCGGAGGUGCCCAAGUGUGAGUGGAAAGUGCCCACGGGCUGCGAGCAGGUGCUGGCCGGCCAGAAGCUCCUGCAGUGUCUCGGGGACCCCGAGGCGGCCAGGCUGGCCCUGGAGGUGUACAAGCUGGCCCUGGAGAUCCGGCGGCUGGAGGAAGCCUAGUCCCGAACCCGUCCUCCUCUGGGAGAACCGCACGCUCCUCUCCUUGGCAGCUCCACCGAGCCCGAAAGGCCCCGCUUGCCGAGGCUGCUUGUUCUCAAGCAUCCCUCUGAGAUCAGGCGCCUGGCCUUUGUGGCUAGCUCGGUGGGAGGGGCUUCCCGGGCCCCGGGAAGCAGCAGUAAACUCGCGCACCUGUCCAAA